ACAUCACAUCCUGCUCAGGCCUUGUUGUGGGUUUUCUUCGGAAAAGGAGAAAAAUAUCCUUUCGGUGUGAGCGGGGGUUUCCCUCGGAGGGUUUGGGAUUUUUCUCUGAGGGAGAAGCGGGUCCGGGAGGGAGGGAGGCCUUCCUUCGCCCUGUUUGCCGGGAGGCCGGAGGAAGAGGAGGAGGAGGAGAACAAAGAGGCUCUCCUUAGAGCAGCAGCUGCUGCCCAUUCGCAACAAAGGGCGUCUUGUGUGGGGGAAGAAGAAGAAGACAAGGAAGGGAUGCAGCAGCAGCAGUCAUCAUAAUCCGGGUCCCUGUGGCGGCUGGGCGGCAUCCCGGGAGCGCGCGGAGAAGGAGCAGCAGCAGCAGCAGCAACAACAAAGGACCCCCCUCCCAGAUCCCACCCUGCAUUCAAAAGCAUUAUGUUCCGGUUCAUGAGAGAUGGUGAGCCAGAAGAUCCAAUGUUUAUGAUGGACCCUCUUGCUAUCCACCAGCAACAUGUGAACCGUGUGCUCUCGGGUGGAUUUGGCUACAGCCCUUUCCUCAGCAUUGGCAAUGGGACAGUACCUGGAACACGUCCUGCUAGCCGAAGAAUGCAGGCAGGAGCUGUUUCGCCCUUUGGGAUGGUAGGAAUGACAGGUGGCUUUAUGGAUAUGUUUGGAAUGAUGAACGACAUGAUUGGGAACAUGGAACACAUGACAAGUGGUGCCAACUGCCAGACAUUUACCUCCUCAACUGUUAUAUCCUACUCAAAUAUGGGGGAUGCCCCCAAAGUCUAUCAGGAGACCUCAGAAACACGCUCUGCACCUGGAGGGAUUCGAGAGACCAGGCGAACGGUGCGAGACUCAGACAGUGGCCUGGAGCAGAUGUCCAUAGGCCACCACAUCCGGGAACGUGCACACAUCAUGCAGCGGUCACGCAACCAUCGCACAGGUGACCAAGAGGAAAGGCAAGACUAUAUCAAUUUGGAUGAAAAUGAUGCCGCUGCAUUUGAUGACGAAUGGAGGCGGGAGACGUCCCGCUACCGGACGCAGAGGGCAUUGGAUUAUCGGCGUCACGAGGGAAGCAAUGGCCACAGGGCCGAGGGGACCCGUCUUGCAAUUCAAGGACCAGAGGAGUCUCCCACCAGACAGUCACGCCGGUAUGACUGGUGAAUCUGAAGCAGACUUAAGGGGGGUGCGAUGCUGUCACCCCCAGAUUCACCUUCAUGCUCUUGUACAGACAGUGAAACUCUGAUGGCGAAGCCCUCACAAAACAUCACUUGGACCUUCCUCAAAUUGAAUACUAGCUUCCUGCCCCUAAGAUUUAAAUUAAGUGACUAACUCUGCACAGUUGUACUCCUUGCGUAGAGCAGGCGGCCAAGGGAAGUGUGAGGGACCUUGUCCAUGAAUGAGUGACACACCAGUUUUCCUGCUUUUUCCUCUUAACUCCUCCCUGCCCUUCAUUGAGCUCCUUAGCCCCAAUCCUUAGUGUUUUGUGGGGGGGAGGGGGGGAGCAGGAGUAACCUCCCUGAGUUUUUGCCAUCCCGUUUCUAUUUCCUGCUCCAAGUUUGGCUGGCUCUGGAGUUUGUAUUUAAUCUCACCUCCCACCUCAAGCAGCAACUGCGUUAGAAAAUCUGUUGCCCUGCUAUUACUUUCAAGCACUUGGGAAAUAACCUUUAGUUGCCUCUGCUCUCCGCCUGCCUACAUGUCUGCCUGCCCUGGAAAUGGGAUAUGUAUGGAACAGCGCAAGGGAUCAGGUGAGGUGUAGAUAAACCGAACAGGCCCUACCUCUCUGCCCAAUCCAGUCAGCUCCCCAUCUUAUAAAAUUUGAUUUUGUGAAACUUGUAACUAGAUGUUUACUGAGCUGAAUAAAGAAAUGAAACCUGUAAAGCAAAUAGAA